UGUUGGGCGGACCACGCAGGACGCCGUUCUCGUGCCCAAGCAAUAGUGACUAGUGAGUAGGCACCGCGGAGGCUUUCGCUCGCCAUCGUGGCCUUCCACAACUUUUCCCCUGCUUUUUCUUGAACCGUUUCAGCAAGCGGGAAGGGACGGAAAGGAGCAGAGGAAGCUUCUUAUUGGGUGGAGAGAGAGAGAGAGGCCGUGAUUGAUUGGCAGAAGCAUGAGAUCGGAGGCGUCGGGAAGACAGGGAGGCAUACAUGGGACGUAACUCGAAGAGGAAGAAGAAGCGGGGCUCCGGCGCGUCGGAUGGGAGGAGAAACAAGGGCAGGGAUCGGGAGCAACUCGAUGAAGAUGACGACUCUGUUGCCAAGCAAUCCGCGCCUCAGCUGUCGGCAGUCUGGGAAGACUCCGAGAUUGGUUCGGAGACUUCGCAGGUUCAUGGCUCCAAGAAGAAGAAGCGUGGUGGCGUAUCUGGUGGGAGAAAGGGCAAGGGUAGGAGCUCCUCGAGGGACCACUCACAUGAAGGUGGCGAUGGAGAGGUCCUCACUGAGGAAUUGACGGCCAUGCAUGCAAUAUUCCAAGACGACUUCAAGCUUGUUUCGGAGACUCCUUACACCCAGUGCAUUGUCAGUCUGAGGCCUCACUCCGCCGAGUUCGAUUCUUUUAAUCCAAAUAUGUUGGCAAAUCUUAUUAUAAGGUGUCUACCUGGAUACCCCUACAAGUGUCCCAAAUUGCAGGUUAUACCAGAAAAGGGCUUAUCAAAGGAUGAUACAGAACACCUUCUUUCGAUCCUCCUUGAUCAGGCAAACGUUAAUGCUCGGGAAGGGCGUGUAAUGAUUUUCAAUCUUGUGGAAGCUGCACAGGAAUUCUUGACUGGCCUUGUAUCUGACAAACAGUCCCAUGAAGUGGUUUCACUAUAUGAGGGGGACAAGAAAGGAGAAAAGCAACAUGCCGAUGGUACAUUUUCUUCAGAGAAGACAGAUUCUACUGGAGAAUUCUAUUGCAUGUUUGACCUCUUCAGUGAUUUGUAUGGGGAAAGUCAGUCUUGGGAUGGAGAUACUGCAUUGUAUAAUGUUCAUGAAAAAAAUGCUCCAUUUUCUCAAUGCCGAACACUUGCUGCUGGAACAAGUAGAGAAGCACAAAAUGAUAAACAUGUCCAUUCUUCCAAUAACCCAGAUAUUAGUCAUAUGCUUGUUGAGAAAAAUUUCUUGCAAAACUCUUUCUGUUCCAAACCGCAAGUUGUUAACAAUUUGGAGCCUGUUGAUGAAGCAAGUGAAGAUGAAAAUAAGAGCAUGUCUGCUAGAUCUCUGGACACCCCAUUGGCAUCAGAAUCUACAGGUGGUGAAAGUUACUGGUCUGAUGUGGAUGACACAUUGAAGAAGCUUUUUCUUGAUGAGAGAAAACUGAAUCAAAAUAGUGAUUCAGAUCAUGAGCUGUUGGACUCUUUAGAUUCUGAACUACAUGAUCAAACUUCUGAGGCAGUGAAGGAUCUGGUCAUGGUGCAUCUACUACGUCUUGUCUGCUCUUCAAAUCAAUCCUCAUAUUCAUUGCCUGAAAUUGCUUCUGAGUUGUCCUCUUUAGGGAUUCUUCCAGAAUGGGCAAAAGAUUUAGCGACCAAAAAGCCAAUGCUCUUUGACAAGGCUUUUCAUCGUGUUUUUCACCACUACAUGGACAGCGAAAGAUCUCAUGAUGCUCCUGCAACUUCUUUCUUCUGGUCCUCUGUUCCUGUUCCAGAUGGAAAAGGACCUACAUCAACACCUGCCUCUCGCUAUCUGAGUGAUUUUGAGGAAAUUCGCUCACUAGGGCGUGGAGCUUUUGGUCAUGUAGUACUAUGCAGAAAUAAGUUGGAUGGUCGUCAAUAUGCUGUAAAAAGGAUUCCUGUGAAAGAUAAGAGACCAUCUGUUAAUGACAAAAUCUUGAGGGAGGUUGCUACGCUAUCACGUUUGCAACAUCAGCAUGUUGUGCGCUAUUAUCAGGCCUGGUUUGAAACUUCAGUUGGUGUCAGUUCGGAGGAAAUAAGUACAGGUUCAUUGACUUUUGAGAAAUCAACAUGCAGCCACAGGAGAACAGGCUCUUCUGAUGCUGUUGAAUCUGAAAAUAUGUUGUCUACUUAUUUGUACAUACAGAUGGAGUAUUGUCCUAAGACUUUGCGCCAGUAUUUUGAGGAAUCUUACAAGGAACAUUUUGACAAGGAAUCUGCAUGGCAUUUCUUUCGUCAAAUUGUUGAAGGCUUGGCCCACAUUCAUGGGCAGGGAAUCAUUCAUCGUGAUCUAAAUCCCAAUAAUAUUUUUUUUGGUGCAGUUGGGGACAUUAAAAUUGGGGACUUUGGCUUAGCAAAGUUCUUGAAGUUCGAGCAGUCAGAAUAUGAUCCAUCAUUUGGAAAUGAGGUCAGCGGAGUUUCAUUUGACGGGACUGGUAAAGUAGGGACAUACCUUUACACAGCUCCUGAAAUUGAGCAGGGUUGGCCUCACAUAGAUGAGAAGGUUGAUAUGUACAGUCUAGGAAUCGUUUUCUUUGAGCUUUGGCACCCUUUUGCAACUGUGAUGGAAAGGAGUGUUAUUCUUUCAGAUCUGAAGCAAAAAUGGAAACUGCCUCCUGUUUGGGCUUCCGAAUUUCCGGAGCAAGCAGUUUUACUACAAAGAUUGGUUGCCUCGAGUCCAUCUGACCGACCUUCUGCUUUGGAAGUUUUGCAGGAUGCUUUACCCCCCCGAAUGGAGGAUGAGUGGUUAAAAGAUAUUCUGCGGACAAUACAAGCUUCAGAGGAUUCAUAUGUUUAUGAUCGUGUUAUAUCUGCCAUUUUUGAUGAAGAGAGUUAUUUAAUGAAAGCACAAUCUCAUCUUGGUGGGAGAAAGAGUACCAUAACUGAUGAUUCUUCAUUCAGCGAAAUGGUUGAGGCAGACCUGCAUGAUCGUGUUUCAGGAGUUGCCAAGGAUGUUUGCAAGCAACAUGGCGCAAAGAGAUUUGAGAUACCUCAGCUUCGUGUUUUAGAUGACUGUCCGUUGCAAAAUCGGAAUGCUGUUAAAUUAUUGACUUCUGGAGGAGACAUGCUUGAGCUUUGUCAUGAGCUGCGUUUGCCCUUUGUUGAAUGGGUUGUUGCGAAACAGAAAGUUUCCCUUAAACGAUAUGAAAUAUCAUGGGUAUAUAGAAGAGCAGUUGGCCACUCUGCCCCAAAUAGGUACCUUCAGGGUGACUUUGACAUUAUUGGAGGUGCACCUUCAUUAACAGAAGCUGAGACAAUCAAGGUGGCUAUGGAUAUUAUGACCCGAUUCUUUCAUCACGAUACAUGUGAUAUUCGCUUGAAUCAUGGGUGUUUACUGGAUGCCAUCUGGUCUUGGAUAGGAAUAAAAGGUGAAAGUAGGCAGAAUGUUGCAAAGCUUCUGUCCUGGGCAGUUUCUUCUUGUCCUCAGUCAAUCAACCGUAGAUCAAAAUGGGUCUUGAUAAGGCGUCAGCUUAUGAAGGAUCCUCAACUUUCUGAAGCAAUUAUAAACAAGCUGCAGACGGUAGAUAGAAGGUUUUGUGGAUCUGCUGAUGAGGCACUUGCAAGAUUGAGAGGUGCUUUUUCACCAGAUAAAUCUACUCGUGAUGCACUUGGUGAACUCUCACUACUUUUAAGCUAUUUGAGAUGGUGGAAUUUAGAGAAGCAUAUAAGCAUCGAUGUCCUUAUGCCACCUUCUGAGAUCUACUACAGAGGACUAUUUUUCCAGAUAUACGUAACCAGAGGGCAGAGUCAUGGAUAUUCUUCUGAGUCAACCCUGGUUGCUGUUGGUGGCCGCUAUGAUAAUCUGCUGCAUCGAAUGUGGGAUAAAGAACAUAGAUCAAGCCCUCCUGGUGCGGUCGGUUUGAGCCUUGCAUUGGAGAAAAUUGUUCAUCUUACUUCAUCUGAUAGAACUGAAACAAACAUUAGUGUUCUUGUUUGUUCAAAAGGGGGAGGUGGCUUCCUAGAAGAGCGUAUGAAACUGGUGGCUGAGUUGUGGGAAGCAAAUAUCAAGGCAGAGCUUGUCCCGGUUCGAGAUCCCAGCCUUACGGAGCAGUAUGAAUAUGCAAAUGACCAUGAGAUUAAGUGUCUGAUCAUUUUAACUGAAUCUGGCUUGUCACAAAAUGACUCUGUUAAGGUGCGCAAUCUUGAACACAAGACGGAGAUGGACAUCAGCAGAGGAAACCUCAUAAAAUUCCUCACUGAGGCAAAUUCGACACAGUUCAGGAGAAUUCCCUUGUCAAAAAUGCGGAAUUGACAGAAAGCCAAGUUAUUGAUUUGUUUGCCAAAGGCUUAAUAAAGCAAUAAUUUUAGCUAUUGAAGAACAACCAAUGAUCCGGGACCAUGUACAGCUUGAGGAAGAGAGAAGACAUUAUUGGUCAUGAGACGGGAUGUGUUCGGAUCUAGACAAAACACAUCUAACAUGAUAAGCGCAUGUAUAAAUGAGGCCCUGUUAUAUUGUAAUUUGUUUUGUAUUAUAAGGAUAUUUUUGUCCAUGGAAAUUAUUUACAAUAUAUAAUAAUAUUAGCGGUGAGGAUUCGCUUCGCUGCUGCUUUGACCA